GCCGUCGGACUGCCCCUGCCGGCGUCGGGAGCCGCCCCGCCGGUACCCGGUAACCGCUCCCGCCGGUGGCCACCGCCUCCCGCCGGCGUCGGUUACCGCUCUCGUCGCCUCCCGCCGUGGCCCCCGCCAUGAGCGGUGGGGCCAGCCUCCUGAGCCCGCCGCCCGCUGAGGGCUCGCUCCCGCCCAGCCCCUCGGAGGGCUCACCGCCCUCCCUCGCGUCCCGCUGCAGCUCCCCGGGCCGGGAGGAGGAGGAGGAGCAGCGGGCGGCGGUCUUCCGGAGUCCGCCGGGCCAUAGGAGGGGUGAACACUCUGAAAGAGCAGGGGGGAGAAAAAUGUCACCUUUGAAAGAUAACCUUUCACCAUGGGAAGAGUGGUUCAUUGGCAAAGAGAAGGAGCUGCGUGCCCGCUUACAGGCUAGAGCUGCAGAGGAAAUGAAUAAACAGCUUGAGGAAAUGAAGCAAAAUCAAGAAUGUGAAAGAAGAAAAAGGAUAGCUGAGGAGAAACACAAGGAAUGGGUCCAAAAAAAGAGAGAAGAGGAAAGAAGAGAAAGCAAACGAAAGCUGAGCAAAGAAAUGUCAGAAAAAGCCACAAGGGAACUAGAAAAAAUGCAGUUAAAAGAAAAGGCUGAUGAAAAGUAUAAAGAGUGGCUAGAGAAGAAGAGAGCUGAAGAGGCAGAAAAGAAGAAAAAAGAGAAGGAAAAAGAAAAAGAACGGGAGGCUGAGCUACAGGAGAAGAGAACAAGAUCAGAGAAAGUCUUUAAGGAAUGGCUGCAAAAUGCUAGAAAUAAACCACAACCUCCUUUAAAUGGUUAUGGUUUCCCACAUGGGAGGUCUACAGGGAGUGCUGAUAGAAAUUUGUAUCCAGUUCCAGCAUAUUGUAACCCCAUUCCUUGGAAACCGGUACAUGUGCCUCCCCCAAAAGAAGACAGAGUUCUUGCUAUGAAGAAGAGUCAGAGACCUGUAUUUUGUCAGCCACAUGCAUCUUUACCAGUGGUGAUUUCUAAGCCCAGGAGUAACCUGUGCAGAAAGAAGUUAUAGUCCAGAAAAAAUGUUCUUACAAUCUCGACCAAAUUGGACCAUAAAUGUGAAGUUCUGUGUACUUAUAUGCCCAGUGCAGAUUGCUUUGUGCCUUUCUUUUUGUUUUUUUUUCAUUUUUGUCAGUAGAUUUUGUGUUUACUGCUGGUUGACAAAUCAGGCUUUUAAUGUUUUUUCUAUAUUGCAUUUUAGUUUAAAAAAAAAAAAAAAAAAGGAAAAGAUAAAUUUUGAUGGGACUAUACCUCAAUGCCAAUAAAAUGCACAGGAUUGUUUAUUCCUUUCCUCUCUUGUUGUUGAAAGAAUUGUUGUAUAUGUAAUUAUUAUUUUGGGCAACAGUAUUAACUAGGUUAUUUUAAAGAUAAAUUUAAUUUGUAAAAAGUUGUUUUGUUGUGUUUUAAUUUGUAACAAAUUUUAAAACAGUUCUUGGCUUAGUGCAGAAGGAAUUGGCCUGCCUCAGUUCCAGGGUUGUCAUGUCACUGGGAUUACAGAGCUGUAGUGGGAUAGCUUACAUUGCUGGAGUGCUGCAACAAAUGUAUGGAGGCUCUUUAGGGAAGCACAGGCUCUUUGCUGACCCUGAUAUUUACAAACCAGGGAGAGCUGGUCAGGGAUGUGAAGUUUGGGGCCAGUGAUGACAUGCAUGAAUCUGUGGGAUUUAGUAGAUUGCUUCUGAGAAUGCUGAGGAAGUGGCAAAUGUCACGGUAAGGAUACUCACAAUUAUCUUUGAGAGAUCUGGUGAUAAGAGGAGGUUCCUGAGAGCUAGAAGGAAGUGAAUGUCAACACAGCCUUCAGGGAGGGUGUGUAUGCAGAACUGCAGGCCAGUAGUCAGCCUCACCUCAGUCACCUGAACAGGUGAUGGAUGUGGCUGCAUGAGGAGGAGCAUUGGCAACAAAGCGGGGAGUCUGUCCCUUGUACCGUAGCGAUGUGAGACCACACUUAGAGUUCUGUGCCCAUUCCUGGGCAUGCCAGGAAAAGACUGACCCCGAUGUUCUGGAGCAAGCUCAGUGAAGGGCCGCAAAGAUGAUUAAAGGAUUGCAGCAUCUGACAGACAGAAGCUGAGAGAGCUGUGACUGUUCAGCAUGAAGGAGAGAAAGUUCAGUAACGUCUGAGCAAUGUCUGUAAAUACCUGAUGGCUGGAGAGAGAGAUCAGACCCUCCUCAGUAGUGCCCAGCAAGAGGAGAAGAGGCGGUGAGUGGAAAUCAAAAUACAGGAAAUUCCAUUUAAACAUGAGGCAGAAAUAUUUAAGAGAGAGUCCUUGAAUGCUGGAACAAAUUGCCCAGUGAUGUUAUGGAGUUUCCAUUCUUUGAUAUAUUCAAAACUUGACUGGACAAAGCCCUGAGAAAUCCUCCAGCUGGCCCUCUUUCGAGCAACAGAGUUGGACUAGAUGAUUUCUAGAGAUCCAUUCCAAUCUCAACAAUUUGGUUAUUAAUGGUGAAAAGGAAAAAGUAGAAAUAAAGAAGACUUAUUUUUCCUGUUGUAGAUGUAUCACUUUGAGAAAUACCUUGUUAUCCUUUAAAAGUUACAAUAUUAAAAAGUAUAUUGCAUAUUAUAAAAUUUCUGUGGUAAGAAAACACAUUAAGUCACAUUCUGGAAUGUAAGUGUUCUAUUGAUUCUAGUUCUAGGCUUAAUAGAGUAUUUUAAUUUCUUCAGAGCAAGUUGUAACUAAUACUAAACUAUCUCAUGUCAAGUUUGUACUUAAUACAUUACUUGUAGUAUUACUUUGAGUGAAUCAGUUUAUACAGUAUACCUGUGUUUGUUCUUUCUAGAUAGUGGCAAAUGCUAACAAGACUGCAACCAACGGCUUACAUUUGGAUUUGCACUGAUAGAUUAUUUGGUUUGUGUUUGCAUUUAGGCUUUCACAAAGUCUUAAUUUUACUGUAUGCAUUUAGGAGUAGUCUGGAGUCUGUAAAAUACAUGGAACAUCAAACUGUGUUUCUGGUAAGUAGGAGCACACAGAAGUCUGCACAUUAUCUUCAGGAUGUAGAACUGUGUGUUCAUCUUUUUCUAUAAGAACCUCUGCAAUAGAGGGGUAUGAAACUAGUGGAUUAAUAGAUUAGUUGUUAAUCUCAUCAUUUUGCCAUGUGGAAAUGUCUAGUCAGACUCAGAAGUUUCAUAUUUAUGUUGUAAGCACCCAGUGUGGGGUGUUUGGGAGUGGGGCUGAGCCUCAUCCCCAGUGGGUGCAGCUGUGAAAAGCAGGUGAGCAGCACUGACAGCACUGAGCCAUGGAGUGCUCAGGUGUGCUGAGCAACCACACAGGGCACAGAGGCACACAGGGGCAGUGCAUCAGCAGGAGGUGGUAAGCAGAUUCUCAAGGCUUUCUUUGGUGUCAGUGGUGGGUCCAGCAUCAUUCCCAUAUAAUGGUGACCCCAACACGAUUUGGGAUUUUGCUGUAGGACGAGGUGGAGAUGGAGCCCAGCGUAGCCUUGAGAGCAGUGGGGAGAUGCUGCCUGAUGGGCCAGACUGGAUUUAAUACCUGGGGUAGGUGAGCUGCUGGGAACAUAAUGGAAAAUAACUUCGGACCAUCUAAUGCAACAAAAACUGUAAAAGAAACAAGAGAAGUGGUUAAAGCAGCAGUAGGAGCUAGAUUCAGAGUGGCUCUGUUGUUCAGUGCCAUGUGCUCACCUGCUGGUAAAAUAUGUGUACUGUGCUUGUGAAUUGCAGCUGUAGAGUCUAUCUUAUUCUUGUAUGUUACUUUAUAAAGUUACUUUAUAAAGUUGUGUGGCUGUCCAUGGAAUUCUAGAACUGUAAAUCUUGUGUGUUACUUUAUGUUGUGUGGCUGCCCAUGGAAUUCUGUAAUUGUUAUUCUUGCAUGUUACUUUAUGAAGUUGUGGAUGUUGAUGGAAUUCUCUGUUAUUCUUGUGUGUUGCCUUAUGAAGUUGUACUGCUAUUGAUACUGUCAAUAUUCUAGAAGUGUAGCUAUAAGGAUUUUGAUGGUAUGAAAUGUAAGUUUGGGGAGUGAAUCAAGGUCAGUACAUGUUCCAGAGUCAGUGGAGCCUACACAAGGGAUACUUACACCAUAUUUGCUGUCCUUCUUACAGGACCCUGUAGGGGAAUGGUAGACAUGUCAUUUAAUUAAAAGAAAAAAAGGAGAAUUAUUGUAGGCACACAGUUUGUGGUGAUUGGGAGUGGGGCUGUGGCUGAUCCUCAUCCCCAGUGGGUGCAGCUGUGCAGGACAGGUGAAUAAAACUGAAGGUGAGGAGCCAUGGAGUGCUCCGGUGUGCUGAGCAACCACACAGGGCACAGAGGCACACAGGGGCAGUGCAUCAACAGGAGGGGAUAAAAGGCUGGGCUGAAGAGCAAUAAAGGGCAGAUGACUGAACCCUUGGGUGUAGUUGUGGCUCCACUGUCGCUCUGAUAUUAUUAGGUAAGCUGUGUGAAGCUUGUGGGUGUUUAAGAUAAAGGGAAGUAUUUUACUGUAAUGCAAAUGAUUAAUUUUGGAUUAGGUUACAGAGAUUUCUUGGGACUCUGAUUUAGUUGAAGAUUCGUAUACUAUUUUAGUGUUUUCUCUAACAGGUUCUCUGAAUGUGGCUACCAGCAAGGUGUGUUGGCAUAAUUAUAUGAGUGUAUAUCGAUGGCUUUGUAUUUCUUUUUGGAUUUAUUUGCUUGUAGUGAAAUAAAAUUAACUAGAAGACUUACAACCCCUAAAACAGAAGCUUUAAGAUGAGGCACUUACUGUAGCUUAUCCAUAGCAUUGUAAAGACAGUUCUGUCCUAACUAAAUUGCAGCAAAAGGUUAAGGCAAGAUAGCUGCUGAAUCUAACAUAAUGAUUUUGCUAAAGAAGAGAAAUAAUGUUUGGAUUUUUUCCAGCAAGGUAUCAACUACACAAUAAAUUGGGCUGGUCUUGUAGCAUCAGAUUGUGUGCUACAGAAGGCUAUAAUUUUAUGCUGUUGUGGCAAAUAAUUUGCGCCAUUCUUUCUCAGCUGUUAGAAGAUAAAUCUUGACACUAGAGCAACUAGUUUAAAGGGUUAAUACCAGUGGUUUGAUUUCACUGAUGAGAAGUGAUUUCUCUCUCUGUUAGGAUAUCUGUGCCAGGCUGAGCACGGCUCACAGGACACUGAGUGAGGCAAUGGCAGAUCUGUAGGACGUGUGGGGCUCUGGUUGACCUGGAGUUCAUUUCCCCACAGCAAUCCUCACAGUGCUGUGCCUUGCAUUGCUGCCUAGAAAGGUGUUGAUAACAAAAUUGCAAAAACAAUUUCCAUAGCAGAUGUAGCUGCCAAGAUGCAGGAAACAAAGAUGGAAAGUGGAUGGAUAGCAGGUGAGGCUGCAGCUGUGACUGGGCACAAUAUGAUGCCUCUGCUGCAUUAUUUAUUUCACACGAUACCAAAAUUUAUACACUGGGACAAGUGAGUUAUUGUACCCUUCCAGCACUUUCUCCUCUGCCACUCUAUGCACAGUUUGUCAGAGGUGUCCUAAGCCAAAUGGGCAUGGCAACAGCCUGAAGUGCCCUCAUCAGCAGAAUCUGGACAGGGAUAUUUAUUAGGCUGAGUGCCAAAGCUGAUGCACUGAUCCAGUGUUGAACAUUAAAGUUUCUGGCUGGCACUUGUGAUGUUCCAGCUCAUUGCAGCUGAACAUUACCUGUGUGAAACUUGCCUGUAUGUAUUUCAAACUCAAAUGGCUUCAGACCUUAGUUCUGUUUCAUAUCCAAAUUCUACUUCUCAGGAAGGAAAAUGGGAGGUAAAACUACCAGCAUUCUUGGUGUAGGGAAAGUGGGUACUAUAACCCAAAUGAAUUUAGCAAGGAAUGUGUUUUCAUGCUGGUUUAAUCAGCUAGUAAUGCAAAAUGUUACAGAAAAUGUAAUUUGAAGAAACUCUAGGAUUUAGGUGCUGCUGAUGGUUUUUUUUUUUUUUAACUGAUGUUACUGUUGAUUUGUUUGUACAGUCCAUGCUUAAAUGCUGACCAGGGAAUGAUUUUUGCUUCCUUGUUAAGCUGAACAGCUUUAGAAAUUGAAAAUAUUUAAUGCAAUUUCCUGAAUUUAGUGAAUGUGCUGAUCAUGUUUCAUGAGAUUCCAACACAAACAGAUCUUUGAAAAAAAUUCUCUAUACUUUUUUUUUGUUAUUUCAGGUGGUCUGGGUGUGUUGCUCUUAUAUAAAAUUGUCAGGGUUCUUCAAAGGCUGCUUCAGAGGUGUAAGAUUUCAGGAUUAAAAUGCUUAAACAGGAAUAAGGACAAUAUGCUUCAACUUUGUGCCUUUUAAAACUAUUGAAGUGUGUCAUUGCCACUUAGUGCUAAGCCUGUGAGACUUUAAAGCAUAAUCAUCUUGUAAAGCAGUUCAAAUGGUUGGUAGAGUCACUUAAAAUGUUCUUCUACUUCAUGCCUAGUUAAGUUAGACCAGUGAUUUGUUGUUCAUUUACUGUCUUUGUCAAUAGAUUUGACCUCUCUUCUUGAAACUUUUGACAUUCCUCUUGAAAUGAUUGUGGUUUUUCUAUAAUAGCUUACAGGUAAUAAUAAUUCCAGAGCCAGUGGUUUAGAAAAUGAGAUGUGUGAGUUUCGGUCUCUGAUCCACGAACUUUUACUUAUAUACACAAAAUAAAAUACUUUCAGCUGAAAAA